UAUAUAAUGAAACCACAUUUCACGUGCAGAUAUUCUCUCCGUGACUUUACAGAGCCCGCUGAAAGUAUGGUGCUGAUUUGUCUACCAUUUUCACACCCAGAUCGCAAUGCCAACUCUAGGUGCAUUGCCCUUCUCAUCCAUUGAUUUUUGUUGUUUUUAAAAUGAGUUUUUGACCUUCUAAUGAGUACUGGAUGCAGCUCAAUAGAUCCCCAUCCCUAUGCAUUAUUCUACAUCAGGGAACUGUUUAUUCUCAUUAUGCUUUAUUUGAAUACGGGAAUCAAUAUGAAAAACUAUGUGAUAUGUCAUUGAACUUCAGAGAGGAAUCCCUUUUGAAUUUACGAAACAAUUGAACUCCAACGUUCCCGAAUGCCCUAAUGGUUGUCCGUAGGCCUAAAUCCCCACAAUUUCAUAUGCUCAAAAAGAUGAUGGAUCCUCACAAAGCCCCACCAAUUUUGAAUACCUAGGCUGUAUUUUACAUCACAUCUCAUUGUUUUCAGAUACCCAAAUAAUUUUUAUUGGCCUAAAUCAUUCAUUGUUCUGAUACCCAUGUAGUGUUAUUGCCCUAAAUUACAAUUUGUUUUGAUACUCAAAGUAGUCUUUGCGGGGUGGGUUGUAUUUAACAAUUUAAAUCCCAGUUAUUUGGGAUUUAAAUGCACAUGGUUUUGAGUCUCCAACCAUUUAUUUGGGUUUGCGAUGGCGUUUAAUAGUGAAGAAGUUAUCUCAAAUAAGAGUGAAGAUGUGGAGGAAAGCGCGGGGGACAAAUGCAAGGUUGUGGUUGCUAGGGAGCAGAAUAAGGCCCUAGAAUUACAGGCAGUUGAUCUUCCGCAUCAUCUGUGGGAAAAUAUCUUGGCCCGCCUGCCCAUUUCAAGCCUUUUCAGAAUGCUGAGCGUUUGCAGAGCCUGGAAUUCAAUGGUGCACUCGGACUCUUUUAUGACAGUUUACAGAAAGGUGCCUCCCCAAGAUGUUUAUUUUGUUCUUUUUGCUGAUUAUGUUCAAAGAAAUGUUGUUGCUGCAUAUGACCCACUAGAUAAUACGUGGGCUGUGAUGAACCUGUCCAGCAUUUCAUCUUCAUCCUGUCUUUGCUCUGAGGCUUGUUGUAUAUUUCGUAGGGGUGUAGUAUCUGGUGGGGGUCUUGUGGUAGCUGAGAAUAGAAAAGGCUCUUAUGUUGUGUGCAAUUUGUUCACUAAAACUCACAAGAUUCUUCCUGCCAUGCUACCCAUGAAUAAUAAUUCCCCCUAUGUUGUUGCAAUUGUGGUAUUAAGCAGAGAGUAUAAGAUAUUGGCUGUUAGCACGGAUGAUACAAUUACUUCUCAGGUGUACGAUUCACAGACCAAUUCAUGGAAGAUGAGUGGGAGUUUUGAUGGGAGAUUUGCCAUGGUAGGCAAUGCUGCUCACCUUGAUGGUUUUUUGUUCUGUUUGAGCUACCCUGAUAACUUGUUGGCAUUUGAUUUGGAUGCUGGAACUUGGCAUUUAGUUGAGGUCACCAUGCCUCCUCUUGUGUGCCCCCAUAUAAUGGAACAUGACGGUUCCUUAAUUCUUGUUGGGGGCAUUGAGGAGCAUAGGGUUUUGAAGAAGAUCGGUAUUUGGGAGCUGGACGAGUCUGUCAAGCAGUGGCACAUUGUUUGCACUAUGCCUGAUCAUCUUUUCAGUAAAUUCAGCCAUGGAAAUCUGGAACAUUUUCUAACUGUUGCUCUGUGCGGUAAAAUUUGUUUUUACAAAAAUUAUCAUUCUGUUAUUUUUAUGUAUGAUCUUUCAGAAAAGAAAUGGUGGGGACUGCCUCCCUGUCCGCUUGACAGUCGCAUAUGUAGGCCAACCUGGUUUGGCCUAGCACUUGAACCCCGCCUCGAUGCACAGGUAUAAUGUAGGUUAAAGCUAACUGCUUCCUGAUUGUGCAGUUUCCUUACUCGAUUGCCCUAAGAAAUGACUCAUUCUUAUUUUCUCUGGAAAUUGCUCUGUCUUGCCACUUAGAUAAUUGUUGACUGGACUAAAAUGUACUCUGUUAGUAUCUCUUAUAUGCGUGCAUGUAAAGUGAUGAAAACAUGGGACUUUGAACAGAGAUAACUUAGAUUUAUAUGUUUAAUCUCUGUCAUAAUUUGGGCAAAAUAUAUAUAUGUAUUGUAUUAUAUUUAGUGAA